ACGCUUUUGUUAACCAAUCUAAUGGUCAUGCAUGAUAUUUAAUUUGAUUCAUUUUUCUUAGUGUUUCUUUCAGCCUCUCAAGAGCCAUCCUUUCUCACAAUAGGGAACAAUGGCAGACGGGAAAGAAGAAAAGAAAGAUGAGAAGGGAAAAGAUAAAAAGGAAGGAAAGGAAGAAAAGAAAAAAGAUGAAGGAAAAGAAGAAAAGAAGAAAGAUGAAGGAAAGGAAGAAAAGAAGAAAGAUGACAAUGAAGUUAUCACUGCUAUUUACAAAGUUAACCUGCAUUGUCAGGAAUGUGGGAACAAGAUCAAGAAGCAUCUCAUGACUACUCAAGGGGUACAGACUGUGGAUAUGGACAUUGAGAAAGGAGAAAUCAAGGCAAAAGGAAAAAUAGACCCUCUAAAAAUCUUGAAGCUUAUAGAGAAGAAGAGCAACAAAAAAGUUGAACUAAUAUCGCCAAAAGUGAAGCCUAAGGAGGUUACUACUAAGGAUGACAAAAAGCCAAAGGAAACCAAAGAUCCAAUUAUCCGCACUAUCACGGUGAAGGUUGACAUGCAUUGUGACAAAUGUGAGACUGACCUGAAAGGUAGAUUAAUAAAGCACAAAGGUAUUUUCAAUGUGAAAACCGACAAGAAAGCUCAAAGUGUGACAGUUGAAGGCACCAUUGAAGCAGAGAAAUUGACAUCAUUUUUGAGAAAAAAAGUGAAUAAAAAAGCAGAGGUUAUUUCCAUUAAGGAAGAGACCAAAAAGGAGGAAAAGAAAGACAAGGGCAAAGAAGAAGGAAAGUCUUCCGAAUCUACCAAAGAUAAGGAUAAAAGCAAGUCUGGUACUGAAUCAACCAAGAAAAAAGAUAAUGACAAAUCUGCAGGUGAAUCAACUAAAGAAAAAGGAAUUGGCAAGUCUUCUGGUGAAACAUUCAAAGUAAUAGAAAUUCAUCAGAGGGAAACACAAGAGGAGAUUAAGAUAAAGGAGAAUGUUCCUUAUAUAAUUCACUAUGUCUAUGCACCACAACUUUUCAGUGAUGAGAAUCCGAAUUCGUGUUGUGUUAUGUAGUUGUAGUGGCAAUUCAAAUUUUCAGCGAUGAGAGGGAGGAUGAAUUGUGUUUAUAAAAUUAUUUUCCAACUUUAAGAAUUUGUUGUCGCUUGCAUGAACUAAUUGGAUGAAUGAACUCUUUUCUUGGGUCUUGAGAACUGAAGUACUAGUCUUGCAUU